AUGCACGACCGGGUUCGAGUCCGCCUGACGCCAGAUUUUGCAGGUCAGCCGAGCUCUCCGGAACACGAGGCUGGAUCUGCCCUCUGCGCAUUCUCUCUCUCUCUUCACACCCACCACGACCCUCGGCCCCAUUUCAGGCUUCCGAAAAACAUGUACGCAACCAUGUGGAUCUGGCCGAUUCAGCUUGUGGCCUGUUUUUUUUUUGGAAAGGACUCCCAAAUUGGUCCCACCGGACGCAUUUGUGCGAAAAAAAACUCGUGGACGCAGCAAUCGACGAUCGCUGCCGCCUCCGAUCAAACCCCUCUUAGUCGCCUUUUGAGAAGAAAUGAAAACAACAACGACAUGUGCACAAUCACACCCAUUUGUGCACCCUAG